UACCUAGAUCUGCUUACCGAACUGGAUAAGCACUUAGUUAUCGACGAGAGUGGGAUACCAAUAAACUUCGAGUGGUACAAUUGCUUUGAGAAGGACAGUCUGUCCGUGUUCCUCUCGUCGGAAUUUGAACGUUGUUGCAUGGUAUUUUGUCUUGCUGCGCUGUAUUCCAUGUACGCUCCUCAAGAACCAAUAAUACCCGCAAUAAAUACUUACAAGGAUGCAGCCGACCAUUUCCUGUAUGUGCGGGACAAUCUCCCGCCUGUCUACCGUCUGCAGGGCGCGACAGACCUCAGCGUGGAAGUCCUCACGGCCUUGUCCCUGAUCAUGCAAGCGCAAGGCGAGGAACUAUCCGUCGUCAAGGAUGUGACCGGUAUCAACUUCCCGUCUGUUUGCUUUAUUUAA